AUGGAUGACGAUGAGGACUAUGAAUGGGAAGUUGAAGAGCACGAGUACACCGCACCUGGGGUUCAGGCGCACAUGAUCAAAAUUCGACUAUCUUUGACCCAUGCCGAAGAAGAGGAGGUUCCUUGGAUGGAAGACUUCCAUGCCAGAUGCAGCUGCAAUGGUGCCACUGUAGCCACUGCUAAGGCGCGGUACAUCGAUCGAGAGCGCAUUCGCUCCCAUUUUUGGCAACAGAUGGAGGAGCCCAGUGAGGAAAUGAACAAACUUGCCUUCGAGGUCUUUGACCAGUCUGGGACUGUAAAAUCGAAUUUCAUGGACCAUCCAGUGCAGCGAGGAACUGGAGCCUGGGGAGACGAGCUUGAUCGUGGCCCCCUUUUCCUGAUCAAGGAGCUUCAUGUCACCGCACUCGAAUAUCGUCGGAAAGGGCUGGGACAGAGAAUAGUGUCCCUGCUUCUCGAUAAAGCGCUGGGGUACUUCGAGCUCAUCGACCAAUUAGCGAAGUCUUACCGACAAGCCACUGGGUCUGCUGCGCAGCCGUUGAUCUUCCAUGCGCUUGUGCUACCCGGUCGGCUGAAUGCUGACGCUCAACUCCAGUCGGUGGGCAAGUCCGUACGAAAAAUACUGGACAUGAAUGCUCAAGCUCUUGGCGGCACUUUGCAAUUCUGGCGGAAGUGCGGCUUUCGGCGGAUCGGUGCGUCCAAGUGCCUUGCAUUCUCUUUCGCUCCUCAGCAUCCGUCUCGCGCCCUUGCAGUGGCUUCUGAUUUCGAUCCUAACCUGACCUUGGCAACAAUUUCGAGGAUGAAGAGCUCAAUUGAGUGA